AUGUUCGCCAAGUGUGGCGAUGUCGAUAAAGCUAUCCAUCUCUUCCGGAGCAUGAAUGAGAAAAGAACCAUAAUCUCAGGGACCUUAGUCAUCGUCGGUCUAGCAAUGCAUGGUCGAGGGACCGAAGCUGUUGCUCUGUUUGAGGAGAUAGUAGGAAGCGGUGUAGCACCAGAUGGCGUUGUGUUCAUUUCCUUACUCUCAGCUUGCACUCACUCGGGCUUGAUCGAACAGGGAAGAGAGUAUUUUCAAUCAAUGAGAGCCAGUUUUGGGAUUGAAGCCAAGAUUGAGCAUUAUGGAUGCAUGGUGGAUAUGUUAUGCAGGCCAGGGCUUGUUAGAGAGGCGUUUCAGUUUGUUCAAGAGAUGCCUAUUGAACCUAAACCCAUCAUUUGGCAGACUUUGAUCAACGCGUGUCGCGCCAUUGGAGAGCUGAAGCUUGGAGAGGAGAUCAGCGCGCAACUAAUCAUGAACGAUCUGUUGUAUGAGUCGAAUUAUGUGCUGCUCUCGAAUAUCUAUGUUAGAAUGUCUGAUUGGGAAGAGAAGAGAAGUGUUAGGGAGGCGAUUCCCAACAGUGGGAUGAAGAAGAUCCCUGGAAGAAGUCAGAUUGAAUUGGAGAACGAGAUUCAUAGAGUUUUGCCCAGUUGUGAUUGA